CCUCACAUUCACACAUAAACAGACAGACAGCAGCUUCUUUUAAGGUUACCAUGACAGUCUUUUCUCACUUCUGAUUCAAAAAGGAGCCAGGAACACGAACGCACCACUCACAGCAGGCGCAGACAUACGGGAAACUGCCACUGAUAAGUCACAGCAGAAAAAGUGCUGAUCUGGGACCAGCUGGAAGGAUAAAAUGGGUGUUUGGACAGCCCUGAUUCUGGCCUGGCAGCUGCUAUUAAAACUGUGCUUACACGUGGAAGCCCAGGCUUUGGUCUAUGAUCUCCUUACCUCCCCCGAUUGCCUGCCAGACCUGCUGCAGGGGGGUCUGGCCGAGCAAGGCGUGAACGAGGCUUUCAUCCUCACCUCCUUCAAGUUGCAGCCCAAGACCGGAACCACCGUGUUCGGCUUGUACAACCCCAGGGACAACAGCAAGUACUUUGAGUUCACCGUGAUGGGGAAGCUCAACAGAGCUGUGUUACGCUAUCUGCGGAGUGACAAGAGGAUGAGCUCAGUAACCUUCAACAACCUAGUGCUGGCAGACGGCCAGCAGCACCGACUGUUGUUCCACCUGAAGGGGCUGCAGCAGCAGGGGCCAGGUGGGGUGGAGCUGCAUCUGGACUGCAGGCUGGUGGAGACAGUCAGGGAUCUCCCGGCUGCCUUCCAGGGUUUACCUGCAGGUUAUGGAACGGUGGAGCUGAAGACCAUGCAGGCUAGAGAUCAGGAGAGUUUAGACGAGCUCAAGCUGGUGGUUGGGGACUCAUUUGAGAAUGUGGCUUCUAUUCAAAACUGCCAUUUCCAACAAAGAGACUCCGUCCAGAGCCUGGGGGUCAACACGAAGCAGCUGUCCAAUCAAAUGCUGGAGUUAACGAAGGUGAUAAAUGAGCUGAAAGACGUCCUCAUUCAGCAGGUCAAAGAGACAUCUUUUCUCAGAAACACUAUCUCAGAGUGUCAGGCCUGCGGUCUGGGGGGGACUGAGCCGGUGAAACCUAGGUGUGCUCCAGGUGUGUGUUUCCGUGAUGACAUGUGCAUAGAAACAGUGGAUGGUGUGGAGUGUGGGCCGUGUCCUGAUGGCUACACUGGGGAUGGUUUCAACUGUGAUGAUGUGGAUGAGUGCCAGUUUAACCCCUGCUUCCCUGGAGUGAAGUGCGUAAACACCGCCCCGGGUUACCGCUGUGACGCCUGUCCGCUGGGCUACACCGGCCUGGCAGUGGAGGGUGUCGGUGUUUUGUUCGCACAGACCAACAAACAGGUCUGUGACGACGUCGAUGAAUGUAAAAGAGCGGACAACGGAGGCUGCACUGAAAACUCCAUCUGUCACAACUCUGUGGGCUCUUACCACUGCGGCAGCUGUAAAACAGGUUUCACAGGAGAUCAAGUUAAGGGCUGCAAGCCAGAGAUCAGCUGUGGAAACAGCCUGACCAACCCCUGUGAUAUCAACGCCCAGUGCUCUUUAGAGAGGGACGGAUCCAUCUCUUGUCAGUGUGGAAUCGGCUGGGCGGGUAACGGGUACCUAUGUGGAAAAGAUACCGACAUUGACGGAUACCCGGAUGAGAAACUUAAGUGCAAAGAUCCAAACUGUAAAAAGGAUAACUGUGUCUUUGUUCCUAACUCUGGACAAGAGGAUGCCGACAGAGAUGGUAAAGGAGACGCCUGUGAUGAGGAUGCAGAUGGUGAUGGUAUACUGAACGAGCAGGACAACUGCUGGUUGAAGCCCAACGUGGAUCAGAGGAACAGUGACAAGGACAACCACGGCGAUGCCUGUGAUAACUGCCGCAUGGUGGAGAAUCCUGACCAGAGGGACACGGACGGUGACGGCAAAGGGGACGCCUGCGAUGACGACAUGGACGGAGAUGGCAUUAAGAACUUUCUGGACAACUGCCAGCGAGUCCAAAACAGAGACCAGGGGGAUCGGGACGGAGACGGAGUUGGGGACGCAUGCGACAGCUGCCCUGACAUACCCAACCCGAACCAGUCUGACGUUGACAACGACCUGGUUGGAGACUCUUGUGACACAAACCAGGACAGUGAUGGCGACGGUCACCAGGAUACCAAGGAUAACUGCCCACACGUAAUCAAUAGCUCCCAGCUGGACACAGACAAAGAUGGAAUGGGUGACGAGUGUGACGAUGAUGACGACAAUGACGGGAUCCCUGACCUUCUGCCGCCAGGACCAGACAACUGCAGACUGGUACCAAACACGGACCAGACUGACGACAACAAUGAUGGAGUUGGCGAUGUCUGUGAGUCGGACUUCGAUCAGGACAAAGUGAUAGACAGGAUUGACAACUGUCCUGAGAAUGCUGAGGUUACCUUGACUGACUUCAGGGCCUAUCAGACGGUGGUGCUGGACCCUGAGGGUGACGCACAGAUUGACCCCAACUGGGUUGUUUUAAAUCAGGGAAUGGAAAUUGUUCAGACGAUGAAUAGUGACCCAGGUCUUGCUGUCGGUUACACUGCUUUCAGUGGAGUGGACUUUGAGGGCACAUUCCAUGUGAAUACAGUAACUGAUGAUGACUACGCUGGCUUCAUCUUUGGCUACCAAGACUCGUCUUCAUUCUAUGUGGUGAUGUGGAAACAGACCGAGCAGACCUACUGGCAGGCGACCCCUUUCAGAGCUGUGGCCGAGCCUGGCAUCCAGCUUAAGGCUGUGAAGUCUACAUCAGGUCCUGGGGAGCACUUGAGAAACUCACUGUGGCACACAGGAGACACAAAUGACCAGGUGCGUCUGCUGUGGAAGGACCCGAGAAACGUAGGCUGGAAGGACAAAGUGUCCUACAGAUGGUACCUGCAGCACCGCCCCCAGGUUGGGUACAUCAGGGCCCGGUUUUAUGAGGGAACAGAGCUGGUGGCUGACUCUGGUGUGAUUAUUGACACAACCAUGAGAGGAGGACGACUCGGUGUGUUCUGUUUCUCUCAAGAAAACAUCAUCUGGUCUAAUCUGAAAUACCGCUGCAAUGACACCAUCCCAGAGGACUUCCAGGAGUUCAGCAGUUAAUACUCCAUCAGCUCGCUUUUAAGUGGAGACAAGAUGAUGACAACAGAUCUUCAAAGAAUGCUGUGUGGUUGUGUGUGUGUUUAAGUGUGAGUGCCUGUUUUUGUCUUUGUAUUGAUGUGUACAGUUUCUGUGCAUAUAAGACAACUUUUGUAAUGUAUGUGUUUAUUGUCAUGUCUGUUAACUUUCCUGAAAUGAUGCAACACAACAUGAAAACAUACUUAAAGGUAUAAUAAGUGACUUUCAGAGAAGAUGUCCGGUAGAUGAUGCACUUUAGCACCAGUCUCUCCAACCAAAGCAAACCACAUUGACGGCUCUCCUCCGCUACCCCAACCUAGUACAGCUGUCUGUAGAACAAUCUUCAUUCACAAAUGUCAUCGUGGUUCUAAUUUCUUUCAAGUAAUUUAGACCAAUCAAAGCCUUUUCUUCAUUUUGGGGAGUCUGUUAGUUUGCCUUCAGCUGUACUAUUCCAAUAGCAUUUUGCCUCUACGAACAGUGUUUCAGAGUGGGCUGAGCUACCUGUCUCCUCCCAUGUAGGGGCAGGCUUAACGAUGGGACAGGAAGGUACAGUGCAUUCAGAAAGUAUUCAGACCCCUUCCCCGUCCUCUGUUUUGUUAUGUUGCAGCCUGAUGCUCCAGCAAAAAUAAUCUUUUUAUUCUCAUUAAUCUACACUCCAUAUCCCACUUUAACAAAGUGAAAACAGAAUUUCUUGCAAAUUUAUAAAACAACAUUUGACAAAGGUAUUCAGGACUCUUUCAAGAGCUGGUGGUCUGGCAAAACUGAUCCAUUGUGGGAGAGGGGCUUUAGUAAGAGAGGUGACCAAAAGCCCAACGGUCACUCUGACUGAGCUCCAGAGGUCCUGUGUGGAGAUGGGACCCUCCACCAAUCCAGGCUUUAUGGCAGAGUGACUGGAAGGAAGACUCUCCUCAGUGCAAAACAUUUUUGCUCUGAUAUUGUCAGCUGUGAGGCCUUCUAUAGAGAGGUGUGUGUCUUUCCAAAUCAUGUCCAAUCAAUUUAAUUUCCAGCAGGUGGACCACAAUCAAAAUGUAGGAACAUCUCAGCAAAGAUUUAGUGAAAUGAGAGGAAGCUGAGCUAAAUUAUGUGUUUUUUGCAAAGGGUCUGAAUACUUAUGUCAAUGAGCUGUUUUUUAAUUCAAAUACAUUGUCAAAUAUUUGCAAAGUUCUGUUUUCGCUUUUUCAUUGUGGGGUACUGAGUGAACAUUAUGAGAAUAUCUUUUUUCAACUGUAGCAUCAGGCUGCAACAUACUGUAACAAAAAUGCACAAGCACCUUCCGUUCAGUGUAAACACAGAGCUGAGAACAACAAACCCAGAGGAAAUUUAACUUGUUUUUGGAGAGUCGUCACUCAACAAGAUAUCAAGACGUUUACAUUUGAUUGAUAGGGAUGCAGGAUAUAAUUGGCAUGAUAGUGGUAUCAGCAGAUUUUCGCUUAAAAAAGCAGGUAUGAACAUUUCUGCUGAUAUUUACAACCAGUAUUUUUGCUGUAAAAGUCUGCCAGUAUCAGUUGUAAAUAUCGACUGUAAAAACAAAUAAUUUGGUGGGGCUUUAGGCUGGACAAACAGACCUACAAUAGCCGAAGUCACUUUCCCUCUUCAUCAUCACUCCUUACAAUGCAGCUGUGUUUUUAAAGGGAUACGUCAACAUUUUGGCAAAUUCACCCAUUGCCAUAACCCCUAUAGUCUUAGUAAUAGCUGUUUUUAGAUCUGAGGGGCUGAUAUACCA